AUGCUACCGCGUGCACUCUGGCUCAGCUGCCUGCUUGCAGUAGCUAGGGCACAGUCAGAAGAAACCACCGCUACACCAAGCGAAACCAUCACAGCUCAAGACGGUGUGCCGACAAGCCUGGACGUGACCUAUGCGAGCAUAUCCACAACCAUUACUCUCCUACCGACUGCGGGAUCAUUAUCACCAACCACAGCGAGCAAUGGCAACGGUACAGCUCUGUCCACGGCGAGCGGCUCGCAGACAACCGAAGAUGUAACCUUGAUAGUGGGAGGCCAAACGACGCUAUCAAGCAACGGAACCAUGACCUCCAGCGGUGCGACGAGCAGGACAUCAACUUCAGCUGCCCCGGUCAACACGCAGCCCUGCAACGGCCAUGUCGAGUUCUGCGAGCGGAAGUACUCAAACAUAACCUACGUCGCCGCGCACAACUCGCCAUUUUCGCGGCCUGGCAACGCGGCGAGCAACCAGCUAUUACCCGUCACUUCUCAGCUCAAUGACGGCAUACGGAUGCUGCAGAGUCAAUCCCACUUCGUAAACAACACGCUUUACCUCUGCCACACAUCCUGCGAUAUUCUAAAUGCUGGCACCCUCGAAGACUACCUCCGCACCGUAACCCUCUGGGUCGAGGACCACCCCUUCGACAUCCUCACCAUCCUCCUCGGCAACUCCGACCUCGUCAGCGUCGAUAACUACAUCGCGCCAAUCCAGAACUCAGGCCUCUGGCCCUACCUCUACACACCUCCCACGAUCCCCCUCAGCCUGCCAAACUGGCCGACGCUCUCGAGCAUGAUACUGCGCCAGAAGCGCGUCGUGCUGUUCAUGGACUACAUGGCGAACCAGACAGCUGUGCCGUACAUCCUGGACGAGUUCCUGCAUAUCUGGGAGACGCCGUUCAGUCCGACGGACCCGACGUUUCCGUGCACGGUGGAAAGGCCGCCGGAAUUGCCGGAGGAGCAGGCCAGGGAGUCGCUCAUGUAUAUGGCAAACCACAACUUGAAUACUGGUUUGACUUUCCUAGGCAACGAAAUCCUUGUGCCGAAUGUUGCGCGCAUCAACCAGACUAAUGCGGUGGAGGGGCCGGGUAGUCUCGGGGCCAUGGCGGAAGAUUGUACGGACCUCUGGGGCCGUCCACCCAAUUUCCUUCUUGUGGAUUUCUACGAUGCGGGCAGCGGCAGCGUGUUCGAGGUCGCAGCAGAACUCAACGGUGUUGCAUAUGACUUGGAGUGCUGUGGCCUCAUCGAGCCGGCGGCGCAGGCGCCACGACGGCCUGGCGUGCUGCUUGCUGCUAUGGUGGCGGGCGUCGCUGCACUACUUUGCUAA